AUGAGCAUAGUCACUAAGAGCAUGGAGCUGAUGGGUGCGUUCAUGGAACUGUUCCGACAGGAUUUUCCUCUCCUGGAAUAUUCAACUAAGUUUUACCAACUUGCUGCUACAACCUCUAUAUCGGACUCAUACCUCAGAACCAUGUGGAAUGGGAAUAAACUUUCACAGACCUACAGCUCUUCCGGAGGCAGAGAAUCUUUCUUUUGCGGAUUAUGUCCGAGCCAUGUGGUCAUCCAUUACCCCUCGCCAUUAUCGACAGGCGGGACAGAGGAGGUCACUCCCAGCACCCCCAAGGUAACUCCUCUCCCAGCAUUUUCCCCUUACAAUGUGGGUUAUUGCGGGAACCCCGUGCCACCACCGCUGCCUGCUUCAAAGACCACGGAGCUUACCUCGUUAUUUCCUGCACUAUCAUCUAAAGUGCAUGAUCCCCCACUGAUGUCGUUUAUUAGAAACAUUACUUUGAAGCUUCAUCCAGUUCCCACCUCCUCCUUUCCACUGAACCCUGUUACAGACCAGCAGUAUUCCCCCUGGUCACUAUCCCAAAAUUUCAAUGCGGAUAGUGGUGUCAUUCCAUCCAGGAACAUGAAGGGCUUAUCAGGUGGUCGAGCACCACACCAUAUUCCCACACUGCCCCCGUGUGGGCUGGCAGAGUGCGAACAUCUCCACGACCUGCAUGGCAUGCAUGUGUCUAACCUGCGCCACUCCUACCUGCUCAGCCCCACGGAAACCUGUGUCAUGGACUUCCAUCACUACCUUUCCCCCCGCAGCUCCAUCCAUUCCGACUGCAUGAUCAUGUCCCCUGUGGCGUUACCGUCCACUGCCCCUGCAGACCAUGUCUCUAGCAGCACCUUCCCCAGAAUGCACUACAGCUCGCAGUACUACGACCCGGCCGUGCGGGAAGACUGCACAGCCAUCACCACCUCAGCCACAUCUGCUGCUGCAGCUGCCGCAACAUCUGCCUCUCAACACGGCGGCAGCAAGAGCAACCGCAUCCCCGCCAAUUUACUGGACCAGUUUGAAAAACAGCUUCCACUUCACCGCGAUGGUUUCCACACGCUGCAGUACCAACGCACAUCUGCCACCAGUGGCGGCGAGCAGCGCAGUGAAAGUCCUGGACGUAUCCGCCACCUGGUGCACUCUGUCCAGAAGCUCUUCACCAAGUCUCACUCAUUGGAGGGAUCGUCCAAGAUGAACGGUACUAAAGGUGACAGUGGGGGUGGAGGAAGUCAUCACCAUCACCACGGCAAUCACCACUCAUCCAAGCACGGCAGCAAGCGCAGUAAAAGCAAGGACCGCAGGCAUCGGUCAGUUACGGGGGGCUGGUGGAGCUCGGAUGACAACCUGGACAGUGAUAGCACCUACCGCACUGCCAGCGCCAUGAGCCGCCACCAUCACGAGCACGUUGGUCACAGUUUCCCAGAAUCCAUGCACAGUCACUUUGGAGAUCACUCUCUCAAAACCUCCAAAAGCAACAAUGACGUCAAGUGCUCGGCCUGCGAGAACCUGUCCAUGGCACCUGAGGGAAAGUUCACGAAGAGGAGUUCGUGGUCCACUCUCACUGUCAGUCAGGCCAAAGAGGCCUAUCGAAAGUCCUCGCUUAACCUUGAGAAGCCCAUGAUACAUCCGGACCUUAAACCUUCAUUCCGGUCCUCACACUACUUACAGGUGCCUCAGGAUGAGUGGGGAGGUUAUCCAGGGAUUGAGAACGAGGAGGAGAUUCCAUGUCGCCGGAUGCGCAGCAGUAGCUACGUCAAGGCCAUGGGAGAUGAUGAUAGCGGUGAGUCAGAUACCAGCCCAAAGACGUCACCUCAGACGAUUGUCCGGUCCGAUGCUCUUGUCCUCAAAUCAGCCAUGCAGAGGCCACAUAUAGACACCCAAAGCUCGGGCUACCACUUGCAAACAACAAGAGAUAUGCGCCCUCACCCCAGUGUGUCUCUGGAUCCAGCAACCAACUUCAACCCUGUACAGUUUCGCUCCAGAAACCAGAGCUACAUGCGUGCAGUCAGUACCUUCAGUCAGGCAAGCUGUGUCAGCCAGGUGAGUGAGACUGAGGUCAAUGGACAGUUUGAGUCAGUUUGCGAGUCCGUUUUUAGUGAAGUAGAAUCCCAGGCCGUGGAGGCCUUGGACCUGCCCGGCUCUUUCCGCACUCGAAGCCACAGUUACCUGCGUGCUAUUCAGGCUGGGUAUUCCCAAGAUGAUGACUGCUUGCCUUCAAUGACAUCUUCUACUGUCACUUCAACUCUUAGAUCCACAACAGAGGGGUAUGAUGCUUUGGAGGGCACCUCAUUGCUAAAUGAAGAAAUGAUAGAGGAUGACGAUGGCGCCAGCUCUUCGGCUUAUCAAGAAAUCGAGCGGUUCGAAAAAGAAAACGCUGCACGUAGUCAACACAGCACAAGUUCCACAGUCACAGCCAUCUCCGUUCCACCCAGCUCCACUCAUGCCUACCGAGUCCCCUGUCCACCCCCUUCCCAGCCCCCUCCAGAUCCCCCCGUCCCUCAAGCUAUUCAGGCUUUCAAAGAGUCUGCAAACAUGGUGGCUGCCUUCAACAUGCAAUGGAAAGAAGAGAUCUCUGCGAUGCGCUACGAGCUUGCAGAGUUACGCAGAGACGUCUGUGGGGAGCUCAAGACCUUCAACAGCAACUUCUUUAAUUUCACCCAGUGCUAUAACAUGUGGGCAAUGUGCCGGGAGGCUGCAACUGGCACCAGUUCCUCUCAGUCCAGCGAGAGAGUGUCUGUUGGUGUCCAAACUGGUGCUAAUGGUCUGGUGAGACAAAACACUGCAGAUGCCUCAGUAAUGUGUCAGCCCGAACCAGCUGCCUUCAACAUUUUUGACCUGAUGGAUCCUCCAUGCAUUGAGAUCACUGAGGGAACUCCUGAAGGAACCAUGGCCACCAACAGCCCAACCAGUCCUGCCAGCCCCGAUAGACCCACUGACCCACCACUGUCCAAGCUGCUGGCAAGGUCCAAAUUAGAUGCUGACAGGAAGAAGAGAAACUGUAGUCGUGCGAAUGGUCAAAGAAGCGCCAGCCUUGAACUCUGGUGCAGGAAGUAUACUAGUGGACCAAUGUCCUACUUGUCUCUUUCAUUCUGAUCAUACUCAUCUGGACCAGGUAUUGACAUACCUUCUGAAUCAGCCCCAUGCACCUGGGAGGAAACCCUGCAUCCAGAGAAGACAGGGGAGCUUAGAGCUUGUCUCUUUUCUCUGUGCAAGAGGAUGGCUUGGUUCAUAUUCCAGUCUGAGGAGAAGGUGCCUCUGGCAUAACAGGGAUAGUGUAGCCAUUCUAGAUGAAACCAUGUGCUGUGCCAGAUCAUACAAUCUGUUUGCAUCACCACAGAAAUUAUUCAUGAAUGUCAUUUAGCACUGAAAGGAAUGUCACUAUUUGUGAUUGUCACCGUCUGUGUUUUGUCCAUGGCUAAAGCAGUUCUUGUUUGACAGGGGUAAGAAUGACCAAAAAGGGGUGAUGAAUAUUGUAGAAGGAUGACAAAGUUUGCUUAUUUGUUUAUUUACAUAAAAGUUCAGCGUACAUCAGAUAAAUUAUUUCAUUACAGCAAAGUACAUUUUAAUUUGGCAAUCACCUUCAUAACCUGCCUUUAAGUUAUUUUCAGUUCUAAGUAGUCUGUAUUAGUAGAAUGUUACUGUUGUAGAAAUGACGAACCAUG